CAUUUUGAAUAUUUUUUAUGAACGUACCUGUUUAUAUAGUUACAUAAGUGUUACUGAACAAACAUGCUUAUAACUUUGAUACAAGAUCAAAUCGAAUAUAUUUACUGUUCAUAUAAAUUUUUUUCAUUUUGCAUCUCUUGUCCACUCCUGAAUAGGAUUAAUAUAUUCUGUUGAACUCUGUAUAAUUACCUACAAAACAUCUGUUUGAAUGUUCUUGAAUAUUCUCAUCUUGCCUAUUAUCACAGAUUUAGUACAGUACCGGUACAAAUUAUAAAGGUCAUGAAAUUUUGUUUAAGGCUUGAGAUCUGUAUUAUUUUAAUAUUAUGCUAAAGAUUGCGGACAAUUCACGAUAUCAGAUUCAUUAACAAUAAUCAGAUUAGCUUUAUGUCUCAAUUGUAUUACAGAAUAUUUAAUCUGAUUCUACGACUAAAAACGCACACAGCGGGAAUAUUUAAAUAAUGAAAACAAAGUUUCUGGAAUACAAUAUUACAUAAUUGUAGUUUUUACUGACUCGUUAAUAAAAAUAUAUUUAGGUUAUUUUUAACAAUAGUUUAUAUGAAAAAAUAAUAGAGAGAAUUUUUGUAUCUAUUUCACAUAAAUAUUAAUUCUCCGAACAAUAAAGACAUAUAAUAAUGUGUUGCUGCAUAAUAACAAUUGAUAUUAAAAAAUUCUCGUUUAUGAUUUUAAGUUUAUAAAGUACUACCUAAAAAUCAGAAUAUGUAUUUUAACAUGAAAAUAAUUAGAAUCAAAAGGAAUCACGUUAGCAUAUUGAAAAUUACGAACGAAUGUCGAUCAUUACCCUUUGUGUUAUGUAUUCAUACACUAGGGUUGUAUUUUGAACAACUAUGAUCGGUAUAACAGUUUGUCCUAAGUAAUUAAACUCUGUAUGAUGUUUGAUUUUUUUAUUAUAUAAUGUUUAUGCGCAGAAUACCGAUAUUUUCCCGCUGUUUCUUGACAUUUAACGAAUUUGUUUUUUUCCUCAAUAUUUCGUUUUGCGAAUUCAGUAUCCCGAUAACAGUAGGACAUUCAGUAACAAAUUGAACAGUAGAAAAUGUAUUUUCCUCCGGAAAUAUGGGAACAAAUAUUUUUGUACACCGACGCAGUAACACUUACAAAAUUUAAAAGAGUUUGCAAAUAUUGGAAUGGAGUUAUCAAUAGGAUUUUAAUGGAAAAUGACCACUGGCACAGAAUGUGUAAAAAAGAAAUCCCUCAAAACUUAUGGAGCACUUUUUGUGAGACACUGAAUCCGAUGAAACAUUAUACUAAAUUUCAUGAGAUAUAUGAUUAUAAUAUGUGGAUGGCAUUAUAUAAAUUAUGGACUAAAUUCAGAAAUAUACCAGAAUGGAAACCAGGAACUGAAUGUAUUGAGCCAUUAAAAAUACAAAGUCAUACAGAACAUAUCACAUGUUUAGAAAUAUCAGAAAACAUAAUGGCUGCUGGGUCUAGCGAAGGCUACGUUUAUUUUUAUGAUGUCUGUGAUAUAUCCAAAACUCCAUUUUUUGUAGCUGACAAUGUGGAAUAUAUACAAAAUGUACAGUUUAUUAGAGAUGACGCGUGUGUCCUUUGUGUUACUCGUUCUAUAAAUAAUCACAUAAGUAUUUGGGAUUUGAGGACAAAAAAGUUAAUUAACAAAACAGUAGGAGAAUUAAUUUGUACAAGUUACAGUUACUUUUACAAUGCAGUCCGUAAUAUGGUAAUUAUUGAAGGUACAGUAAUAGAAGGGACAAUAGUUAGGACAGUAUACGAAUUGAAUACAACUGAAGUUAUUGCUCUUGGUGCAGAUAAUAAUAAGGUACAUCUUUACACGCGAGAACGUUUCAUACAUUUACAUCUGACUCCUGAAAAUAAGAAAUAUAUUACUUACACACUUGCUGAAAUUCCAAAUAUAAGAGUUCAUCAUUUUUAUAUAUUCAAACCAGAUGUAGUUAUCUGCAUUGCAGGAUAUGGAUAUCUAGGUUUUUUAAUUAAAGGUAAAAAAUGGGAAAUGCACAACUUGUUUCCAAUUUUACAUUGUACACCGACCGCUGUUUUCCUGUAUGGUCGUAUACUUUUUGUAGGAGCAGAUACUGGAAGUGUUUAUAUAUAUCACAUAAAAGAUUUUGCGGCAAUCAAUUUCAGUACUAUUCAUUUUAAACAGUUGACUCUUGAACACACAGCAGUUGUAUCAGUGAAUAUACUUGUUAAUAUUGAAACAUAUUUAGUAGUUACCUUCAGAAGAAAAAUUCACAUUCUUCAAUUAACUUAGUACUUAUAAAAUUAUUUUAUAAACUUUCUAUACAUAGAAUUAUUUAAAAAGACGUGUACCUUUUGUAGGACAAUAUAUUUCAGUACAAUGUAAACAUUUAUAAAUAUAUUUAUUAUAAAAAUUUGUAUUACAAAAAUAU